AUGACGUUAUUUCUGGGCUUAGUUAUUAUUUUCACGUUUGGAAAAACAGUCCUGUCGAGCAGAUUUUUAGAGUCUGAAUGCCAGUAUUUAAUGAAGUCAGGCUCCUGCAACUACUACAAAUGCCUGAAUGAAGCAGCACCUUGUGGUCACGAUCAUGAUUUUGGCUAUGAAUACUGCGAAAGAUUUGACCAUCAUGGAGAUUCACUUACUGCCGAUGCCACCAGAUGGGUGAACAGCAGUCGUGUAUGUGUGAUGGAGUUGAUGUCUAAAAUUGAUUUUCUGGAUACACCGUGCUCUGAAAUAAAAUCACUGAUGAAAAACUAUCAUAAAACCUGCGAUAUCAAAGCUGGACUGUGCUCCUUUAAAUUGAUUUACCAAAAUUUUAACACAUUUAAGGACGUUGCUAAAACCAAAGCUGGACCUGUUUACUUUCUGAACUCGAUGAAAGGAUGUCCCGCACAUCUCUUCAAAACAGGUAGUCGAUGGGUCAAAGAAAACGUGAAAUUUAAUUCAGAAUUUGGAGUCCAUCGUUAUAAAUAUAUAUGUCCAAGCGUGCCACAGACGAAAGUGGUUUGCAAUGUUACAUCGGUGAUCCUUUGA